AAAUUGAUAAAUUCCAGAAAGGAGAAGGCAAAGAAGAUGAAAAAUACAUUGAUGUAGUGAUUAAUAAAAACAUGAAACUGGGGCAAAAAGUAUUAAUUCCAGUAAAGCAAUUUCCUAAGUUCAACUUUGUGGGGAAACUUUUGGGCCCACGUGGCAAUUCUCUGAAGCGCUUGCAAGAAGAGACAUUGACAAAAAUGUCAAUAUUGGGAAAAGGAUCCAUGAGGGACAAAGCAAAGGAAGAAGAGUUGAGGAAAAGCGGAGAAGCAAAGUACUUCCACCUAAACGAUGAUCUACAUGUUUUAAUUGAAGUAUUCGCCCCACCAGCAGAAGCAUAUGCCAGAAUGGGACAUGCACUGGAAGAAAUUAAGAAAUUUCUCAUUCCU